AUGGCUACUGGUCUUCCCUCAAAGCUUAAGCCCGCUGCUCGUGUAGCCGGGCAGAGGCAAGACGUCUGGUCCAUCAUCAACGAGGCGGCAGCGUCCUCGCCGAACCAGCCCAUCGUCAACCUGGGCCAAGGAUUCUUCGGCUACAACCCGCCCCCCUUCAUCAUACAGGCCGCCAAAGAUGCCCUCGACCGCGUCGAGUGCAACCAGUACAGCCCGACAAAGGGUCGACCCCGUCUCAAGAAGGCCAUUGCCGACGCAUACUCGCCGAAAUGGGGCCGCAAACUGGACCCCGAGACCGAGGUCACCAUCACGACCGGUGCUAAUGAGGGUAUGCUGAGUGCCUUCAUGGCGUUCAUCGAGCCCGGAGACGAGGUUAUUGUCUUUGAGCCUUUCUUCGACCAGUACAUCAGCAACAUUCAGAUUCCUGGUGGCAAGAUUGUGUACUGCUCGCUCACCCCUCCCAAAGAUGGCGCCACGAGGACCAGCUCAGCUUCGGAGUGGACAAUUGAUUUUGAACAGCUCGAGAAGGCCAUCACCCCCAAGACUAAGAUGAUUGUCAUCAACACCCCUCACAACCCGGUCGGCAAGGUCUUCUCCAAGGAGGAGCUCCAGAGAAUCGGAGACCUCUGCGUGAAGAACGAGAUCAUCAUCCUGUCCGACGAGGUCUAUGACAGACUAUACUAUGUCCCUUUUACGCGCAUGGCCACUCUGUCACCCGAGAUUGAGCGGCUCACUCUGACAGUGGGUUCUGCGGGCAAGAACUUUUAUGCCACAGGCUGGCGAGUCGGCUGGCUUAUGGGCCCUCCUCACCUGAUUCAGCACGUCUCUGCUGCUCACACGCGUAUCUGCUACUCCUCUGUGUCACCGCUACAAGAAGCCUGCGCCGUCGGCUUCGAACAAGCCGACGCGGAAGGCUUCUGGGACGCCUCCAUAGCCGAGAUGAAGCACAAGAUCGCCCUCUUCGCCGAGGUCUUUGACGAGCUCGGCCUCCCCUACUCGGAGCCGGAGGGCGGCUACUUCCUCAUGGUCAAUAUGGCCAAGGUCCAGGUUCCCGAGGGCUACCCUUUCCCACCGCACGUCAACUCCCGCCCGCGCGACUUCCGGCUUGCGUGGUUCCUGAUCCAGGAGCUGGGUGUCGCAGCCAUCCCUCCCACCGAGUUCUAUACCGAGCAGAACGCGCACAUUGCCGAGGACUACAUGCGGUUCGCCGUGUGCAAGCCGGACGAUGUGCUCGAGGGCGCAAAGGAGCGGUUGAGGGGGCUGAAGAAGUACAUCAAGGCCGAGUAG